AUGGAACUGUGGUCUACGGGCUGUGGCAGAGCCGCCAUGGGAAUAUGGGGUGAUGACAAGCGCAAAGAGAAACUGCACCAGAAUCACCUCUGUUUGUCAUAAAGGGGAGGGGAAGCAUUUUCGUUUCUCCACCAUGAAUUGUCAAAAGGACAGAUGGCGUUAAGUUUGGCGUUCCACCGUUUAGUGCUUCAUUUCGGCAGUCUGCAGUCACCGAAUAGAGAAGCAACGAGGGACAAACGAGAGCUAAGCUCGACGCGGCGUCCAUCGGCACUCGCCAGAAUUGGAUUGUCGCUGUCGCCGACUGGAGACGACGACGCGGCAGGGAUGAGCAUCAACACUGCGAGUUACUUACAACCUGGGUUUUCCAGGUUGCAAAGACAGCUUGCUCCUGGUGUGAAGGUUGGGAGACUGAAAUGGCUGAAAAUUCAGUGUUGGUCAAGGACCGGAGUUACUUGCUUGUCUGAGAAAGUAUCUUGCGCUAGUAAGGAACGUGAUAUGAGGUCACCAGUGGUUAAAAUGUGUGGGAUAACAUCAGCUAGAGAUGCUGCAAUUGCUGCCGAAGCUGGAGCUAAUUUUAUUGGGAUGAUACUAUGGCCCAAAUCUAAACGUUCAAUUUCACUCUCGGUUGCGAAAGAAAUUUCUAAAGUUGCUAGGGAAAAUGGAGCACAACCUGUUGGUGUAUUCGUUGACGAUGAUGCAGAAACGAUAAUGAGAGCUGCAGAAGUUGCUGAUCUUGAAUUUGUACAGCUUCAUGGGGGUGGUUCACGGGAAGCUUUGAAACAAUUAGUUCAGGAUACACGAAUAGUCUAUGUUCUUCAUGCAAACAAGGAUGGGGAGCUUCAAAAUCAAAUUUCAGAUGAAGAAAGUUCUCUGGUUGACUGGAUUCUCAUUGAUAGCGCAACCGGGGGCAGUGGAAAGGGAUUCAACUGGACUCAGUUUAAGUUACCUUCAAUUAGAAGCAAGCAUGGCUGGCUAUUAGCAGGAGGGAUAAACCCUGAAAACGUUUCUGAAGCCUUGGCAACCCUCAAGCCUGAUGGUAUAGAUGUUAGCAGUGGCAUUUGUGGCUCUGAUGGAAUCAACAAGGAUCGAUCCAGAAUAUCCUCAUUCAUGAGUGCCGUACGUUCUGUAAGCUAUUGAGAUCGUAUAAUGAGUCGAGGACCGCAAAAGGUUCUCAGCUCCCCCAUUGCAGACCAAUCAAGUUGGGUGAAAGAGGUCAAUGCAACGUUGCUGGUGUCACAUUCUAUUCAUCAUUCAGCUGCAAUUCAUGCAU